UUGCAUUAUUUACAUUCGUUGCCACGGCACCGUAUGCCUCUAUUCGUCGAGGAGUGCUCAACGAAUGAGAAUGAGCCAAUGCUCACACUGUUGCCUUCAACAUCACAUGAGUGUACCCUGAGAGGUUUUGGUUACACACAGGACGGAACUUGUGUGCGCACACCGACUUCGAACUUACUGAUAUAAAGAAUACGGGUUUUCAACCUUCCAUCGACAUCGCCUAACUACCUUCUGGUCCAACAAAAUGCUGUGCAAUCUGCCUUGUCGAAUUGUUUUGGUGGUUCUUAACACCGUUACUGGGCUUGCCGGAUUGGUUCUACUGGCUUUUGGAGCAUUGGUGGUGUGGGGCCAGGAUGUCUUGAAGAAUAUUCUCAAUGAAUUCCUCGUUCCACUGUUGCAAUCGGUCGGAAGUGGCACUGAUGCACCCCAGGUUACGGAACUCGUCACCCGAGUGCUAACUUCCGCAUCUCCGGUUGGAAUCGUCAUAUUUUCCGUGGGCGCUGCUAUCUCUAUUGCAUCGGCCAUUGGCUAUUGUGGAGCGUAUUGCAACUAUAAGAUAUUACUAUAUGUCUACGCAGCGAUCGUGGGUCUGUUGGCUCUGAUCGUGCUGAUCUGCUUCUGUGUAUAUUUUGCCAAGAAAGAUGAAUUUGGCGACUAUGUGGUGAAACUAUUUGCCGAAAGUGUUCAGAAGUACCGAUCUAUGCAGGAGAAUAAUGUAGACAGUUUGCUUGUUGGGUUGAUUCAACCUCCGCUCAAAUGUUGUGGUAUCGAUGGCCCUGCAGACUUUAAAAACAUGUCCAACACCGAUCACUACGGCGGAAAGGAUUACAUUGGUAUUACGGUGCCGAUUCCGUGCUGCAAAAUGAACGAUAAAUACGAGAUAACAGACCCACAAUGUCCAAAGAUGGCCACGACGAACAACAGCAAUAUCGAUCAGGGCUGCAGAGAGCCGCUUAAACAAGCAUUCAUCCAUUACAUGAACUUUGCUGCGUACGGUUUGAUAGCAACAUUUAUCAUCCUAAUUGUGCUGAUACUCUUCACAAUACUUACAAUAUGCAUCGACGUCGUUUAACACAUUUUCCAAAGCGUACAAAGGGAAUCAUAAUCAUAUACCCUUUUACACUGCUCAUUGACUGUCUCGUACCCCAUGGAAGCCUUGUUCACACUUGCAAACAAUAGGUCCCCGUUUGCAUUCUACCUGUAUGUUGGUUCUCCGGCUGAUCAAACAUUUGUGACAUUUCAUCAUUUUUACUGUGCAAAAAGGACGUGGUUUUAAUAAAUCAAUCAGUUGUUCUGUGGUUCC